AUGGCGUCUUCCAGGGGCGACGGUUGGGCCGGCCCGAGCUGGCGGCGACCCGGUAUUGUGGCCGCCGCCGCCGCCGAAGGGCCUUACCCUUCGGAAGCGGAAGCCGGGGCCGAGGGCCUCUAUGUCGCCGUGGAGCGUUGCCCCCUUUGCAACAGCACGCGCCGCCGCCUGACCUGCGCCAAGUGCGUCCGGAGCGGCGACUUCGUUUUCUUCGAUGGCCGCGAUUCUGAGCGGUUUUCUGAAAAAAAAGAGAGAUUAAAGCACCUUAGAAAGAAACAGCAUGAAUUCCAGUCCCAGUUGUUAAAAGCUAUAGAGGGGAAACAGAUAGCUGAUCAACUGAGAUGGAAAAUAAUGUCUUGCAAGAUGAGAAUUGAGCAGCUGAAGCAAACAAUAUGCAAAGAAAAUGAAGAAAUAGUAAAAAAUUCAGAGUGGCUUCUUAGGAUCAAGGAUGAGAACCAGAAACUUUACCGAAGGGCUCAGCGCCAUCAGGAGAAAAAGGAGAAAAUCCAGAGGCACAACCGCAAGCUUGGAGAGCUAGUAGAGAAGAAGAACUAUGACUUGAGAAGCCAUCACGAGCAUCUGGCAGAUCUCCGGCGGUCACAUGUCCUGGAAUUAACCUCUGUUAUAUUCCCUAUUGAGGAAGUGAAAAUUGGUAUGAGGGACUCCACAGAUGUAUCUUCAGAGAGUGACAAUGCCAUGACCUCUAGCACAGUAAGCAAGCUUGCAGAAGCCAGGAGGACCACCUAUCUUUCUGGGCGAUGGGUGUGUGAUGACCAUAAUGGAGACACCAGCAUUGGCAUCACAGGGCCUUGGAUAACCCUUCCCAACAAUGGGGAUUAUUCCGCUUACUACAAUUGGGUAGAAGAGAAGAAAACCACACAAGGACCAGACAUGGAGCAUAACAAUCCUGCUUAUACCAUCAGUGCUGCUUUGUGCUAUGCAACUCAGCUGACUAACAUUUUGUCACUUAUACUGGAUGUAAACCUUCCCAAAAAGCUAUAUAACAGUGAGUUCUGCGGAGAAAAUCUUAGCAGGAGGAAAUUCACCUGGGCAGUGAAAAAGCUAAAUGCCAAUAUCCUUUACCUUUGCUUUUCUCAGCAUGUCAAUUUAGAUCUUCUGCAUCCUCUACAUACACUCAGAAACUUGAUGUACUUGGUCAGCCCUGAGACAGAACAUUUGGGAAGGUCUGGACCAUUUGAAAUCAGUGCCGAUUUGGAAGAUUCCAUGGAGUUUGUGGACCCCAGCGGUGCUGGUGAAACAGAUGAGAGUGGAGAUGAGCACAUAAGUGAUGAAGAAACUGACCUUGGAACAGACUGGGAGAACCUGCCCAGCCCACGGUUCUGUGAUAUCCCCUCCCAGCCGGUAGAGAUGCUGCAGAGCCAGAGCACGCAGGCUUCUCAACCGAUAGCCAGCAGCAGUGCUGGUGGCAUGAUCUCCUCGGCAGCAGCCUCAGUGACCUCUUGGUUUAAGGCAUACACUGGACACCGUUAA